UCUGGUCUCCUGCUGCUGUGACAGGUUGUUACCCUGAGGGGUCUGUAAAAAGGAAAUUACCCCGCUAUUCCAAAGACUGCCAACAUUUCCACAUAGGGAAUCUUCUUUGUGAAACAUUGGGCAGGAGCUUUGCCAUUGACUGGCCAAGAAGGAAAAUGUAGAAUGUCUGCAUUGUUACACUGUGGAGUCCAAACUUCAGAAGACUUUGAGUUAAGCAGUAACAUUUACUCUGUAAAUGAUUAUGUCUUCGCCUGUCCUCUGUGAUCAUCACAAACUAAUGAAACAUCUUUUUAGGUCUUAUCAAUUUAGGUCACACUGUUUUCUGGAUGCUCUGGCAGCUGAAACAGGGGCCUAUGAAAAAUGGAACCAAACUCUCUGAGGACUAAAGUCCCAGCUUUCUUAUCUGAUUUGGGAAAGGCCACAUUGAGAGGAAUUAGAAAGUGUCCCCGAUGUGGCACAUAUAAUGGAACCCGGGGACUGAGCUGUAAGAACAAGACAUGUGGAACCAUAUUCCGCUAUGGUGCACGGAAGCAGCCUAGUGUUGAAGCUGUCAAAAUCAUAACUGGCUCUGAUCUGCAGGUCUACUCAGUGCGGCAAAGAGACCGGGGCCCUGAUUACCGAUGCUUUGUGGAGCUAGGUGUUUCAGAGACUACAAUCCAGACAGUAGAUGGGACGAUCAUCACUCAGCUGAGCUCUGGACGGUGUUAUGUCCCCGCCUGCCUGAAAGCUUCCACCCAGGGUGUUGUGGAAAACCAAUGCCAGCACAUCAAGUUGGCAGUGAACUGCCAGGCAGAGGCCACCCCUCUGACUCUGAAGAGCUCAGUCCUGAAUGCAAUGCAGGCCUCCUCAGAAACCAAGCAAACCAUCUGGCAGUUGGCCACAGAACCCACAGGUCCCCUUGUACAGAGAAUUACUAAAAACAUUUUGGUGGUGAAAUGCAAGGCAAGCCAGAAGCAUAGUUUGGGGUACUUGCAUACAUCCUUUGUGCAGAAAAUCAGUGCCAAAAGCUUGCCUGAGCGCCGUUUCUUCUGCUCCUGCCAGACUCUGAAAUCGCACAAGUCGAAUGCCUCCAAGGAUGAGGCAGCACAGAGAUGCAUUCAUUUCUUUGCUUGCAUCUGUGCCUUUGCCAGUGAUGAAACAUUGGCUCAGGAAUUCUCAGACUUCCUAAAUUUUGAUUCCAGCGGUCUUAAAGAGAUUAUUGUGCCCCAGUUGGGCUGCCCUUCAGAAUCAACAGUAUCAGCUUGUGAGUCUCCUCCGUCUAAGGCGAAGAAGAGGAAGAAGGAGGAAGUACCUGGUGCACAGAUCAACAGUUCACUGUUGCCUCAAGACACAGUGAGCAGUAAUCUAAGGAAAAGUGGCCUGAAGAAACCUGUGGUUGCUUCUUCAUUAAAAAGGCAGAUCUGCGGUCAGCUGUUAGAUGAGGCACAAGUGACCUUAUCUUUCCAAGACUGGCUGGCCAGUGUCACAGAACGCAUCCAUCAAACCAUGCACUAUCAGUUUGAUGGCAAACCAGAGCCACUGGUGUUCCACAUUCCUCAGUCCUUUUUUGAUGCCCUACAACAGAGAAUAUCUAUUGGAAGUACAAAAAAACGGCUUCCUAAUUCCACCACAGCUUUUGUUCGAAAAGAUGCCUUGCCACUGGGAACCUUUUCCAAGUAUACCUGGCAUAUCACUAAUAUCCUGCAAGUUAAACAAAUCUUAGAUACUCCUGAGAUGCCCUUGGAAAUUACCCGAAGUUUUAUCCAGAACAGGGAUGGGACUUACGAGCUGUUUAAAUGCCCUAAAGUGGAAGUAGAGAGCAUAGCAGAAACCUACGGUCGUAUAGAAAAGCAACCAGUGCUGCGGCCCUUGGAACUAAAAACUUUUCUCAAAGUUGGCAACACUUCCCCAGAUCAAAAGGAGCCAACCCCUUUCAUCAUCGAGUGGAUCCCAGAUAUCCUUCCCCAAUCCAAGAUUGGUGAGCUGCGGAUCAAGUUUGAGUACGGUCACCACCGGAACGGGCAUGUGGCAGAGUACCAAGACCAGCGGCCCCCCUUGGACCAGCCCUUGGAACUGGCCCCUCUGACCACCAUCACUUUCCCUUGAGACAAAACAAGAGUCUUUUGCUGCUAAAUUUGCACAUCCCCACCCCUUGACAACUUUAAAUACUAGUUAGGUACUUAGAUGGUCUGUUCCUUAGUGAACUGCUUUUAGCUAAGAUGCAAUUUCUUAACACAUCCAAGUGAAUUCUGUUGAAGAAAAACUCUCCUUGUAAAUAGCCUUUUUGGUGCUGUGUAUAGUCAUUAUAGAUGGGGUGGUAUUUCUGGCUAGAGUGUUUAAAGGAACAAAAAGAAAACCAGCUCAUUUUCCAUUUUAAAGGAUUCACCUUUAGAGUUUGUUUCAACCUUUGAAGUAGUUAGCAAAACUCCACCUUACACUAACAAUGUUGGAAAGUUAAUAACACCCUUGUUAGGAAGAAUGUUAAGGACCAUCCUGGCAGAGUUCCAGUCAUGCCCUUUUGUUCUAUUAUCAAAUAAAGCACAGUGUCACUAAUUUUUCC